UUUCUUGACAAUGUUUGGAGAUCGAAGAAAAACGGGCGGCUUGAAUCUCAACGGACGUGCCUCAAUCGCUAUCACUCCGACUAAAAGAUUCACCGAUUAUACUGGAUCAACAUCAGUCAGAAAAACUGACGCUCGCCCCAGUCUGAGUCAACCUCGUGUGUCAUUGUUUAAUACUAAAAAUUCAUCAGUUGCUCCGCGAGAUGUGAAAUCAUUGGUCAGCUUAAAUGGAAGCAAAAUUUACAACUUUCUUGUGGAAUAUGAAAGCUCGGAUGCACCAUCAGAACAGCUCAUUAUGAAACCUCGUGGAAAGAAUGAUUUCAUUGCUUGUUUCGAAUUAAUUUACCAACAUCUCAGUAAAGACUACGAAUUUCCACGGCAUGAGCGGAUUGAAGAGGAGGUGUCCCAGAUAUUCAAAGGUCUUGGAUACCCGUAUCCACUCAAAAACAGCUACUACCAACCAAUGGGAUCUUCUCAUGGAUAUCCACAUCUUCUUGACGCACUUUCUUGGCUUAUUGAUAUCAUUAGAAUCAAUUCUGCUGUCAGUGAGGACACACAAAAUAUCCUGUUCGGUGAUUUCAUGGAACAGGGAAAAGCUCAAGAAAAAACGCUCAAUUAUGCAUGGAUGACAAGUACAUUCAGAGAUUAUACAAAUGAUCGAAAAGCAGCAGAAAAUCCCAGUUCUUCAUACUGGGACGACACGAAGCAUCGUCUACGGAAGUAUUUCGAGCAAUCCAAUGAAUUCGAGGAUAUGACUAAAACAGCUGCAUCAGCUCUGGAGAUGCUCAAUUACGAAUGUGAUGAGAUAGAGGCUGAUAAAGGAAACGAAGCAAGCUUAAAAGAAGAGAUAUCAAGAAUCAGAGACGACAUCCGAAAAGCUAAAGAUUAUCUCGAGCAAAAUCUUCAUGUUAAGCAGCAUAUGGAGAAAGAACUGGCUAUGGUGAAGUCGGAGCAAGAGGAGAAAAUUUCAGAAAAUGAAAAAGUGCAAAAGAUGGUGGACGAUCUGAAGAACAAAAUUGAGUUGCAAAAACAAAUUCACGGAUUGACAGGAAAAGAAGUGCGUCAAAUGAAUCUUGACAAUAAUAAAGACAAGGAGGUGGUACUGGAAAUUCAAAGCGAGUUGGAUCGUCUAUCAAAAGAAACAUGGAAACUCAAAGAUGAAGACUUCUUCAAAGAGCAAAAGUCCAAAUUCAUUCAUCUCGCAGAACAAAUCAUGAAAAUUCUCAGUGGACUUAAUAUUCAAAUGAAUCUUGAACCACUAAGAGCUCCAACGAAUGAAAGAGAUCUUAAGGAUUACUGGGAGACGUUGAACAAGAUAUGGGUUCCAGAGAUCAGCCGACAGUUGCAUCAGAGAAAGCUUGAGCUUGAGACUGAACAGUCAAGAUUUUCAAAUAAAGCAGUUACCGCAGAAGAAAGAAUCCAAAUUCAAAGCGAAACACUCUGUGAAGCGAAGAAGAAUGAGGCUCGCGAAGAACGAAUUCGUCGAAACGAACGUGAUAGCUGGAAAGAUGCUCGCAAACAUAUUGAACAACGAUAUGAACAACUAUUGAAUGAAAAAGAAGUACUUCUAAAGCAAAUGAAACUUGAUGGAAGCCUCGAGAAAGAAAUCGAAGAUGAGACCGCCAGAAUGUCUGCAACUGGAGAAGAACACAUACAAAAGAGAUCUCAAUUGGAAGCUGGAAUCCGGCAAAUAUUGGAUCUGAUGGUAGUGGAAAUCGCCGAGAUUGAGAACAAAAAGAUAGGAUUCCACGUGCAAUGUGCUGGCAUUGAAAAGGCGGUUCUUUAGUCUCCUUUGGCAUAAUCAUUCUGUGAAUAAUACUAGCUUUCAUUAAAAGAAAAAAAAAAUGACUCUAACAUUUAUUUCUGUGGUUUAGACUUAUUUUAUAAAAAGCCAAUGAACAAUGAUUUCCAGC